AUGAAUCCAGGCGGAGAAGGCGCGCCAAAUAGGCCAAACAACCCGCCCGACCAAGAGAGGAGAGCCAAUGAUCCUCCUAAUCCAGCAGAAGCUAGAGCUGACCAGCCAGCACCGGCCAGAGACGUUCCUCCACCCAAUCCGAACGCGCCCGAUGCAGCUGAGCCGCUACAGCCACCUCUUAACCCGCCGCGACCACCACCGGCGUUUGCAAAUGGACAUCAUCGUCACGGUGACAACCAAGGGAUGCCUCAAGACCAACCUCACGCACCUCCAAGGAGAGUGCCAAACGCGCAGCAUCCAAGGCACCAAACUAUGGGAGACUUUGAUUCGUCCGAUGCUUUCUUUAUGGAUCGGAAUCCAAUCCGACCGCCUCUACCUCCAAGGAACGAUUUUGAGAUCAAACCGCAGAUCAUUGCCUUGGUGAAGCAAAACCAAUUCCAUGGUUUGCCCACUGAGCAUCCUCUUGAUCACGUCGACACCUUUGAGGAGAUAUGUAGCACAACUCGUGUUAAUGGAGUAUCGCCGGAUUACUUCAAGUGCAAGCUAUUCACUUUUUCUCUAAGUGACAAGGCGCUAAGAUGGGUAAAAUCUUUACCACCUCAGUCCAUUACAACAUGGAAUGAAUACAAGGGAGCUUUCUUGAACCAAUUCUACACUAAGCAAAGAUCCAACUCUAUAAGGAGCAAGAUUUCUGGUUUCAAGCAAGAUUCAAUGGAGUCAUUCUAUGAAGCUUUGGAGAGAUUCAAGGAGUACACAAGAAGCUGCCCUAACCAUGGCUUUUCAGAAGGUAACCUUUGGAACAUCUUUUACAAUGGGAUUGAUCAUAAAUACAAGCUUUCUCUCGAUACCGCGAGCAAUGGUAAUUUCAUGACCAAGUCGGUGCCGGAGGCAAAGCUUUUGAUUGAGAAUCUCGCUGCUAGUGAUGCCAAUGCAUGCCCUGACUACAAUAGAAGCGUGAAGACCACGAGCUCAUCAGAAUCAGCUCAAAUCUCGGAGCUAAGGAACAUGAUGGCUGAAGAGAAUCUAGAGGAAGUCAACUACAUUGGAGGAAACUAUGGGAAUAGAGGAUUCAAUCCACCAUUUCGCGCGCAUCCAAACCUAUCAUACCGGAGCAACAAUGUGGAGAAUCCAAAUGACCAAGUCUACCCCAAUCAAGGAGCGUAUCAAGGAGGCCAAUACCAAUCCAAGCCACAACAAGUCUAUCCAAGAGGGAUGUACCAAGUGAAGCAACCAUUCACUUUUUCUCAAGAAACAAAUCCAACCCAAACCGGAGAGAAGGUUGACGUGGCGUUGAAGAAAUACAUGGAGGAGCAGAGAUUGAUCACCAAGAACCUAUAUGAGAAGCUUGAUCACAUGUUUGGUGAUCUAAGCAGCAAGUUUGGGUCUCUCUCUACUCACGUUCAAAAGCUUGAGGUGCAAAUCGCUCAAACAGCCGAGGCGGCCAAGAAACAAAAUGAGGUAAACACUCAAAAAUUUUGUAGUGUUGUCUCAUCUAUAGAUGGCACAAUUGUUCCUACACUAUCUCAAGGGGAAGAAGAAGAAAAUGAGCCUAAGGAGAGGCACAAACCGGAGAGAUACAGUUGGGAAUCAAGAAGAGCUUACAAGAGAAGACUUGAAGGCAAGCCACUACAAAAACAAGAAGAUCCGGGGAAGUUUGUGAUAACUUCAAGUAUCAAUGGCAUUCAACUCCACGAUUGCCUAUGUGAUACUGGUGCUAAUGUUAAUCUAAUGUCUCUUGCACUUGCAAAAGAUUUGGGAUUCAAGGAAUUCAAGAGCCCCAAGAUAAGAGUCGAGUUCGCGGAUCUAUCGUGCAUGGAACCUUAUGGAAUGCUUGAAGAUGUCAUGAUGGAAAUAGGGGGUCGAUCGGUCCCAACUGACUUUCAAGUCAUGAUUUGGGAAGGCUCAAAGAGGAAUCAACUGAUUCUUGGAACCCCAUUCCUUGCUACAGCUGGAGCGGUCCUAAACUACUUUGGGAAUCAUCUAUCUUUUGGCCACAUCCGGCAAGAUAUCUUUUUCCCAAGUGUAAAUUUCAGGUCAGUGCCAAGUGCGACCAAGCUACCACCAGAAGAAGCCACUCUCAUUACCAAGAAAGAAGCUAUGCUGCAUGGAGAAAGAAGAGAGAGUGAGCGCUACCCAAAACCAAAGGAGAAGAAGAAAACAUUGGAGCCGAGGCAUGAAAAUGUCUUCAAAGAUAUCAACUCCAUCUUACUUCCAACCUUUGAUGAAUAUGGAGCUGAAGAGGAGACUAAUGGUGCACCUAAUUGUUGGAAUUCAUGCAGCAGCGGAAGGGUGAUUGGAAACAAAUCAAAGUUGUACAAGCACUCCAAGUGUAGUGCCUCCACCGGUAUCCACACACACACAAACUGGAUCAAGGCGGGAUGCUAG